UUUACGUCUUCGAUAAGGUGUGGUGAAGCAAGAAUUCGAUAAUUGCACGAGUCAAAUCUAGAACGAGUCGCUCGCUUGUUUCGCGCUAUUCUCGCCCUCUUAGCGCGGCUGUAUGGUGCCGGAAAGUUACACCAAAUUCGUUUCAAGCAUCUCAGUUACCGUGUUCUGUAAAUGUGUUAAGGAUGGCUAACAAUGAUGUUGAGGUUACGAGUAACCCACCACGUGCGGCCCCACCUUAUGUCGGUCUUAGUUUUGAUACUUGGGAUGAAGCCAAAAAGUACUUGGACCGUUAUGCUGAAGAGAAUCUUUUUGUGUGGUCUGUUGAUUCGUCCAACUCCAUCGAAAAUGAAAAUAAGAAGCUCGCAGGAAGAGGCAUAUCGCAGGAGGAUUGGUACGACCCUAAGUUGAAGCACAAAAAUGUAAAGCUUGUAUGUGUCUUUGGUGGAAAGAAGCGUAUUGGUUCUGGGUCAGGGGCUCGUCCUAUGCAGUCAACUAUCAAGGCCGAUUGUCCUGUGUUUGUCCACCUUAUUGCUUCUAAGAAGUCUCUCAAAGUGGUUAAAGCACCUCUCAAAAGUGAGAGCCAAAGCUCUUAA